GUCAAUUCUAGGGACCGAAUGCUGAGUAUCGUAUAUAAUGUAGUACUAGAAUAUACUUGCGAGAAUACAUAGUAGGGUGAUCCUCACAGCAAUCGGACGACUCAUGGCGGGUCCUCACCGAAUCACCGCGGAGAUUAUUAUUCUGCGCCCCCCUUCGGCCUCCGCAGACACUGCCACUUCCAACCUUCAAUUUCUCUCUGGAAACCAGUGGACGACGGGCCAUUCAACUGCCAACUUUCGCGUGGACCGAACUUGUCCUCGGUGUCCCCUUCCCCCCAGCAUUCGCCUCAAUUGAAGGCUUUGGGAAUUUGCCUCUCUUUUCUUAUCCCCUUGGUCCCUCCUCCUUCCCCCUUAUCCAUUCGCCAUGGGUCUCCUCAACAGUUUCCUCGACAAGUUCUGCGAGCACUGCUCGUCCCAGUCCAUUUUCACACUCGUAUCGGUUGGCGCAUUGUCCUUCAUCGCCUUGUCCGUCGUGAUCAAUGUCCUCCGCCAGCUGCUCUUCAAGAACCCCCACGAGCCCCCAGUCGUCUUCCACUGGUUCCCCUUCGUCGGCAGCACCAUCAGUUAUGGUAUUGACCCGUACAAGUUCUUCUUCAAUGCCCGCGAAAAGUACGGUGACAUUUUCACCUUCAUUCUCCUCGGCAAGAAGACCACCGUCUACCUCGGUACCAAGGGCAACGAAUUCAUUCUGAACGGCAAGCUGCGUGAUGUGUGCGCCGAGGAGGUCUACUCACCCCUCACUACUCCCGUCUUUGGUAGCAAUGUCGUCUACGAUUGCCCCAACUCCAAGUUGAUGGAACAGAAGAAGUUUGUCAAGUUCGGCCUCACCUCUGACGCCCUCCGCUCCUAUGUGCGCCUGAUUACCGACGAGGUCAAUGACUUCGUUAAGAACUCCCCCGCCUUCCAGGAAUCCAAGGGUACUUUCGACGUUACCAAAAUCAUUGCGGAAAUCACCAUCUACACUGCGUCGCGCUCCCUACAGGGCAAGGAGGUUCGUGAUCGAUUCAACUCUACCUUUGCUGAGAUGUACCACGACCUCGACAUGGGAUUCGCCCCCAUCAACUUCAUGCUUCCCUGGGCCCCUCUCCCUCACAACCGCAAGCGUGAUGCUGCUCAGCGCAAGUUGACCGAGACCUACAUGGAUAUCAUUCGCCAGCGUCGUGAGGCCGGUGGCAAAAAGGAUUCCGAAGAUAUGGUCUGGAACCUGAUGUCGUGCACCUACAAGAACGGUACCCCGGUUCCCGAUGAGGAGGUUGCUCACAUGAUGAUUGCCUUGUUGAUGGCCGGUCAGCACUCGUCCUCUUCGACAGCUGCUUGGAUUGUUCUGCGUUUGGCCACCUGCCCCGAGAUCAUCGAGGAACUCUACCAAGAGCAGCUCCGUGUUUUGGGCGAGGAUCUGCCUGAUCUGACCUACGAGACCCUCCAGAAACUGGACCUGCACUCCAAGGUUAUCAAGGAGACCCUCCGCAUUCACGCUCCCAUUCACUCUAUCAUUCGCGCUGUCAAGAACCCCAUGCCCGUUGAGGGAACUCCCUAUGUUAUCCCCACCACCCACAACGUUCUCUCUUCUCCCGGUGUCACUGCUCGUUCAGAGGAGUACUUCCCCGAGCCGCUGAAGUGGAACCCCCACCGUUGGGACGAGGACAACGCGGCCAAGGAGGAGGAGGAUGAUGACGACGAGAAGAUCGACUACGGUUACGGUCUUGUGAGCAAGGGUACCAACAGCCCUUAUCUGCCAUUCGGUGCCGGUCGUCAUCGCUGUAUUGGUGAGCAAUUUGCCUACGUCCAACUAGGCACAAUUCUGGCGGCACUGGUCAGGCAGUUCAAGUUCUCCAACCCUCCCAAUUCCACCGGCAUUCCGGAAACAGACUACUCGUCCCUGUUCUCCAAGCCUCUGGGCAAGUCAUUUGUCCGCUAUGAGAAGCGUGGCACCAAGGAAUAGAUGGAGCCCGCCAGUCGGCAACUCCCAUAAAAGAAAGUCGCUGGACGUUUGGUACCUGUUAUUACACUUAAUGACCUUCAUCGGAUUGGCGGGGACCCGAAGAAAAGAGACUGCCCCACAGAUUGGCUGUUCCAUCUGUACGUUCUCUCUCGUCCCCUCGCCCUCGACGUCCUUGGAACGAUCGUACUCAUUGUACAUUAAACCUUUGUGCUUUUUUUAUUCUUUCUUCAUCGCGGUUCGCGAUUUUCAUACCUGUUAUCAUUUGUGUUGAUACCGUGACUAUUACUAUAUCUAUCUAAUUGAAGACGAUUCAAGACGACUCAACUCGGAAAGUAAGUAGCUGGUGGCAUUGCAC